AUGUUUAUGGCAAGGUCGGAAUACGAUCGGGGUAUCAACACCUUCUCCCCCGAAGGCCGUUUAUUCCAAGUCGAGUACUCUCUCGAAGCCAUCAAGCUCGGGUCCACCGCUAUCGGCGUUUCGACCUCGGAAGGCGUCAUACUCGGCGUGGAGAAGCGCGUCACCUCCACCCUCCUCGAAACCUCGUCCGUCGAGAAGAUUGUCGAAAUCGACCGCCACAUUGGCUGUGCCAUGUCCGGCCUCCAGGCCGACGCCCGCUCCAUGGUCGAGCACGCCCGCGUCGAGUGCCAGUCCCACGCCUUCAACUACAACGAGUCCCUGCGCGUCGAGUCCUGCACCCAGGCCAUCUGCGACCUGGCUCUCCGCUUCGGCGAGGGCGCGGACGGCGAGGACCGCGUCAUGUCUAGGCCCUUUGGCGUCGCGCUCCUGAUUGCCGGCAUCGACGAGGACGGCCCCCAGCUCUUCCACGCCGAGCCUAGCGGUACCUUUUACAGGUACGACGCCAAGGCUAUCGGGUCCGGUUCCGAGGGUGCGCAGGCUGAGCUGCAGAACGAGUACCACAAGUCUCUUACACUCACCGAUGCAGAGACCCUCGUCCUCAAGACCCUCAAGCAAGUCAUGGAGGAGAAGCUAGAUGCCAAAAACGUUCAGCUUGCCAGUGUCACAAGGGAGAAGGGUUUCAGAAUAUACACAGACGAAGAGAUGGCCGAGGUCGUUCAGCGUCUACCCGCCAACUAA